UGCUUCACCACUGUAUAAUGAAUCCUAUUAUGAAGCAGAAACAAGAAGGACUCCAAGAGAAUGUAAAGAAUAGUCCUGUCCCAAGAAGAACUCUAAAGAUGAUUCAACCAUCAGCAGCCGGAUCUCUUGUUGGAAGAGAAUGUGAGUUGGUCAAAGGCUUAUCCAAAAAGAAACAUGGGAAUAGCCAGUUAACAUCUAAGACUUCCAGCUCUGUUAUUGUCCCAGAAAAUAGUGAAAAUAAAAAUCUUGGAGGAGUCACCCAAGAAGCAUUUGAUCUUAUGAUUAAAGAAAAUCCAUCCUCUCAGUAUUGGAAAGAAGUAGCAGAAAAACGGAGGAAGGCUCUCUAUGAAGCCCUUAAGGAAAAUGAGAAGCUUCAUAAAGAAAUUGAAGAAAAGGACAAUGAAAUUGCCCGCUUGAAAAAAGAGAACAAAGAAUUGGCAGAAGUAGCAGAACAUGUGCAGUAUAUGGCUGAAGUGAUAGAGAGACUGAAAGAUGAACCUCUGGAUAACUUUGAAUCAUCUGAUAGUCAGGAAUUUGAGUCUGAAGAAGAAACUGGUGAGGAUUCUGAAGUGGAUGAUGACUCAGAAAAUGGUACAUGUGCUGAAGAAAUUGUAUCUUCCUCUACAGAUGCAAAGCCUUGUAUAUGAAUUCAUUAAUAUUUGACUCUCCAGAAAUACACUGCCGAAACUUACCUCCUCUAUAGUUCUUUGUAACAGAGUAAAUAACUAUAUAAUGAAAACUCUGGAAUCAGACUGACUUAUUUGAAUCCUGUGACUGUAUUAUUGUAUCAAAAUACAAAUACUAUGUAUUUUUAAUUUGUGUUUUAUGUAAAUAGCAUUUUCUCACUUGUUUGGUAUGACUUGUGUAUAUGAUAAAUAAACUUAAAUCUCCU